AUGAAUCGGGAGAAAGAAGAAAGCUGGAGAGGCAGCUUUCAGAGCAACGGAAAUCAUGCUUAUCAAACGCAAUUUUCAAAUUCAAAUAAAUACAUAAAUAGUCAUACAUACAAACAAAGUAAAGAUGUUUUAAGACAUAAAGGUAAUAGCAAUGGAUUCAUAGCGAGUGAUCCAAAUGCAAGCAAUGAAUUCUUUCCAUCGUCAAUUAGUAAUUUACCUAUAAGUGAAGAAGAUAGAUAUUUCCAUCAGAACGAAUGCAAGAGAAUGAGUCAACAACGCGAAUCAAAGGACCAUGGGAAUUCUAUGGGAAAUAACAUCCUUGGCGAGAGUAUCCCUAUGAAUUUGAAUGGAGCUGCUAGUAUGAAUGGAGCUGUUAGUAUGAAUGGAGCUGCUAGUAUUAAUGGAGCUGCUAGUAUGAAUGGAGCUGCUAGUAUGAAUGGAGCUGCUAGUAUGAAUGGACCUGCUAGUAUGAAUGGACCUGCUAGUAUGAAUGGACCUGAUAGUAUGAAUGGAGCUGUUAGUAUGAAUGGACCUGCUAGUAUGAAUGGACCUGCUAGUAUGAAUGGACCUUCUAGUAUGAAUGGACCUGAUAGUAUGAAUGGAGCUGUUAGUAUGAAUGGACCUGCUAGUAUGAAUGGACCUGCUAGUAUGAAUGGACCUUCUAGUAUGAAUGGAAACGUGAGUGCGAAUUUUGUCAGCAGUUCUAAUGGUCAUGACAUGAAUGUCACACAAUACAAUUACCCAGAUAAUCUCCAUAGACUUGCAGAAGUGCAUUCCAGUCAUCAUGAAAAGAAUCGAAACGAGAUAAAUCACAACGUUUGUGAAAACAGAACUAAUGAUAAUGAAAAAAGCGUUUCUGUUAUGAACAAUAUAGACGACGCUGUUCAAGUUAAAGUAAAUUAUGAUCAAUUUUAUAACACUAUAGAAGGAUAUUCAGAUCCCCUUUUAAAAGGAGGAGGAAAUGAUAAGCCUGUGAUGGCAAAUGUAGAUAUGAAUCCAUUCAAUUUGAUGAAAAAUUCACUGACACCAUCGUUUAUAGAUGAUAAAACCAUUGGUGAUCAAAGAGGUGUUACAAAUGAAGAAUAUAACUACCAAUCAAAUAAGGGAAUACAUAUAAAUGUAAACAGGCAAAACAUCUCGGUGCAAAAUAGUUACACUGAAAAUAAUAUUUUCCCCGAUGAGAAUAACAAUACUGUUCAGUUGAAGAAGAAGAAAAAGAAAAAAAAAAAUGUCACUUUUACAAACGAGAAUGACGUAUUUAAUAUACCACGGGGAAAUAAUGCAGACGGCUCAUUUGAUUAUUAUCAAAAGAGUAUAAGGAUGAACAGAUCCAAUGUUAGAGGUAGUCUGAGUAAUGAUAUGAACGGCAUGAAUGAUGAAAAUAUUAGAAUUAACAAUAUGAACGGGAUAAGGGACAUUGUAAUGAGUAAUUAUGUACCAGUAAGGGAAAAGGAGCAAUAUCCAAAUGGAGAUGCAAAAAUAAAGGAGCCAUUUAUAAAUCCAUAUAAUGCAAAUGGAAAGGAUGAAAAUAGUGGCGUGUGUAAUUUCAUUACACUAAAGCAAAAUAAUCACACAUAUCAUCCAAAUAAUGUAAAUAAUAAUUAUAUAGAAUAUGACAUAAAUAAUAAUGAUCCUUUUUUUCCCGCAAUUUCAUCUAGUAUGAAAAAUGGUUCCACAAAAAGCAAGAACUUAGAUGUUAAUGAUGCAUGUAGAACUGCUGGAGUAAGUGUAAAUGAUUCUUUUAAUGCCGGAGAUAUUUCUGUACAGGGGCAUAAGACUAUUCAGAACAUUGCAUAUAACUCAUGUGGAAGUCCACAUGAAUUGAUGUAUAAUCACACUAAUCCAAAUGAAGUGAAGGAUUGUGCAGAGUUAGGAAUUCCGCAGAACGUGGAUUCUAAUGGCUUAUACGCCCCUCAGCUUCUGAUGAAUGAGGUGCAUGCAGGUAAUUUGGGCAGCGAUAAUUUGGUUAAUGGCAAUCUGGUUAAUGGCAAUCAGGUUAAUGACAAUCUGGUUAGUGGCAAUUUGGUUAGUGUCAAUUUGAUUAGUGGCAAUCUGGUUAGUGGAAACCAAAUCAGAGAUAACCCAAUAAUGGACAGCCAUCAGAGCAACAGUCAGGUGAACAGUGAAAAAAUAAAUAUGGGUGUGGAGACCAGCUAUUACAACACGAUAAUGUCCAACAUUAACAGUGCAAAUGUAAAUGUAAAUUCGAACACAAAUGUGAACACAAGAGUUAACACAAAUGCGAACAUAAAUACAAACGGUAUGCAUGGCAAUGGUGCUUAUAAUUCAAAUACACUAAACUGGAAUAACACCGCUCAAUUGAGUUGUGGAACGACGAAUACAAAUUCUAGCCGAAGUAUGGACGGAGGUAAUGUUAUAAAUAGAAAUGAUAAAAACACAAUUGGAAAUGGAAAGAUAAAAGAGUCAUCGGAUCAUCACAAGGGAAAUGCUGCAACAAAAAGUGUAAGUUUUAGUAAGAAAUUGGUACAUAGUAAGAGAAAAGAAAAGGGGAAAACAUCAAGUAAUCAAUCAAUCACAAUAAACAAAGUGAAUAGGAAUCAGCAACAUAAGGUUAGUGAUACCCAGGCACAUAGCCCAAGUUCUAAUCAACCACAUUGUGCCAUUCAGAUGAAAGAUGGAGUUUACUGCAAUGACACCGAUAAUGGUAAUAACAAUGUUCAAGAUAUUAAAAAGCAAUUUGUAUUGAGAUAUUUGCAGGAUGUAGAAAAUAUAUAUGAAAUAAGAAAGAGAAUAAAGCAUCAUGAAAAUAAGGUAAUUAAAAGGAGAUCGAAUUUAAGAAGCAGAAGAAGUAGUAAUUCAAGAAACCUUUUAAAUUAUUUUAACAUAUUAGAAUUAUUAUAUAAAUCUAGUAGAAAAAAAAAAAAUAUAAAUGAUAAAAGGAUUAGGACACUUUUGUACGUAUUUAAAUAUAUUAAAAAUAUUGAAAGAAAAAAAAAAAAAAAAAAAAAAAUUUUCCUUUUCGACACAGUCACGUUAAGACGUUUGAACAAUCAGGUAGAUUUAUACAUUGAAUUUGUAGAAAAGCGAGAAUAUAAAAAAGAUUUAGAUACACAUUUAUAUAGAAAAGAAAAAGAAAACAACGAAAGAAAAAAUAUCGGAAGGAAGUUAAGUGAACAACAAAACGUAACUUACAUACAAUCCAAGUUUAUUCAAAACUUAUUAAGGAAGAAAUCAAAUUUACAUUUCAGUUUAUCCAGAAGGGUAGAAGAAACUCAAUAUGAACAUUUUUAUUUUCAUCAUGCUUUGAAACAGGUAAAUUAUUUGUGUAAUUUACUUGUGUACAUGCAUUUCAUACUGUUGAAAUAUAUUUCGAUUUUUUCUCUUCCCGAAUGGAACAUGUUGUUAUUUCGUGACAUUGAUUUUUUUAAUUGCAAUAUGUUUGUUCCAAACGCAAUGAAUCCAUGUGUAGUGCAAAAGGACAGCAUUCCAACUUGUGCAAAUGAUGAAAUUCCUUCUGUUGAUUCUGAACAAUGUGACGUAAAUUUAGAGUCCAAGUUGGGCGACGUCAUCAGUGUACAUACCCAUGAAAAUGAAAACAGCACAAGUAGAAAUGAUUUUGGAAAGAAUGACACAUUCGCAGACAUAGACGACGAAGUAGGGGAUGGUUCAGAAAAAAGAAAAAACCCUGAUGAACAACUUAGCGAACUUCCUACUGAACAACUGCAUAACGAAUCACCAACCGAGGUGCCUACUGAAACGCCUGUAGAAUCGUCAGUAGAAUCUCCAGCAGAAUCACCAGCAGAGGCGUUAGCAGUACCCACAGCAAAACCGCUAGAAGUAACCACAGCAAAACCGCUAGAAGUAAGCACAACAGAACCGCUAGAAGUAAGCACAACAGAACCGCUAGCAGUACCCAUAACAGAAGCGCUAGCAGAACUCACAACAGAACCGCUAGAAGUACCCACAACAGAACCACUAGAAGUACCCACAACAGAACCGCUAGCAGUACCCAUAACAGAACCGCUAGCAGAACUCACAACAGAACCGCUAGAAGUACCCACAACAGAACCGCUAGAAGUACCCACAACAGAGCCGCUAGCAGUACCCACAACAGAAUUUCAUAUCCAGGAACAGAAUCCGGAUGAGGGUAUCACACUUCGAAACGAUGUGCUUCUAAAUGUAGAAACUGUUGAAAAACUGAACCCCUUAUUUAUGAAUAGCGAAAACACAAUUGAUAUAAAUUACUACGAAUAUGCCAUUGAGCCAUUCGAUUUUUAUUUCUAUGAUAAUGUGUAUAACGAAAUAUUUAGUUAUAUGCAGAUGCUUAGAAGUAGUAAUGGAAUCUGUGGGAAUGGUGAGAUUGAAAGAGGUAUUGGUGGAAGGUUUGAGGAUAGUGCACAUCUUUUAAAGAAUUUACCCUAUCAGUACUAUGAAUAUAUAGAAAUAUUAAACAAAGAAAUUAUGAAUGUGAGAGAUUUAAUAUACAGAAAUAAGUAUAUCAGAUAUAUCUUCUAUUAUAUUUAUAGAAAUAAUGAGAGUAAUAUACUGCACAGUAUGAAUAAAAUUUUAAAUUUAGAAAAAAAAAAACUUCAUCUUUACAAAAUACAAAUGAAAUUGAGGUAUAAUAUAUUCUUGUCUCGAUUUUUUGAAAAUAGCGGUGUUAUUGUUACCGCGACUGAUGAAGAAAAAACAGAUGCAAAACAUGGAUUAAAUUUCAUUGAAGUUAAAGAGAAAUUAUUCACGUCUUUGUUUAAACAGUAUAGCGAACACUAUUCUGUGCACCAGCAGCGAACUUCUGAGUUCCGUGAUAUCAAACGUCGCCUCUUUAACAUCCCAGAGAAUAAGUUUCCUCAUAUGCAGAAGAAAAUUACUUUUUAUUCUGACCACUUUGAGUAUUUGAAGCAUCGAUUUUCUAGCAAGGAAGGAACGGGAGCAGUACGAGAGACGGUAGAAGUGGGAGAAUCGGUAGAUGUGAGAGAAGUGGGAGAAUCGGUAGAUGUGAGAGAAGUGGGAGAGUCGGUAGAAGCGAGAGAAGCGGGAGAGUCGGUAGAAGCGAGAGAAGCGGGAGAGUCGGUAGAAGCAGCAGAAGAGGUGACAGAUGCAGCAGUGGCAGAAACGUACGAGAGACAGAAACUCAAAUUUGACGAAGCGUAUGACUAUGUGGAGUACAUGUACAAAAAAAACUACGCGCUAAUCAUAAAUGGAGAAAAGAACAACUCGAGGAAGUUCAAAGCAGCUUACAUAGUGAAGAAGAGUCUGAAGGAGAAAGAAAAUCUUGUGAUUAUAACGUCCGUUCUGAAUGUCAUUAAGUGGAAGAGUCUUUUUGAUAAUUUUGAGCACACAACAGUGUAUCACAGCGAGGAAAGUAUUUUAGAAAACAAGGUGAAGAAUGAAAACAGUAAUCUUAUCAUAUGUGUUGAUUUUUUACCAAAAAUUUUGCACAUACGAUGUGAAGUAAUCAUAUUAGAUAUGUCUCACUUUAACUUGUUAAAUAAGAUAAGUAUAGUGAAUGAUUUACGUUAUCUGAAUUUCUCAAAAAAGAUAAUAAUUCUAAAUAAUGGGCUAACAGAUGAUUGGAAUUUGUUAUCGUCUCUUUUUUUAUUGAAUAUUUCUCAUGUUGACAAUUCCAUCGUUUCGGAGAUUCAGAUGUAUCAUAGUGAUGAAGACAAAAAAAUACUUAGUGAUAUUAUGAGAAAUUUCCUUGCUCAUUUUUGUGUAAUCAAUAAGAAAUGCAAUGAAAUUAGCGGAAGAAUAAAUUGUGAAUUGAAUGAAAGAUCUGUAGAAGCAUCUAACAAAAUAUGCUUUAUCAUAACAUAUAUGAGUGGCAUACAGAAAUUUAUUUAUGACAAUGUGAAUGAAGAAGACAAAUGGCAUACAUCAGUGCACCCACUUUUACUUCUAGAUGAAGAUUCAUUUUUUUUAAAAGAUUUUAAUAUUUCGGAAAAAUUUGAUUUGUUAAAAAAUAUAAUAAAAAAAUUUCUCAUUUUGAAGAAACGCAUGAUUAUAUGUUAUUCUGGAAAAGAAAAAUUAGAAAAAUUGAUAAAGAUAUUGCUCAAUGUACAUUUACUUAAUGAUAUAUCCAAUAUUUCCUUUUUCGACAUACGAACAAAUAAUAAUUUUAUUAAUAUACAACAGUAUGAUGUAGCAAUCGUUGUGAAUAACCACACACAAUACUUAAACUAUUUUGAAAAUCAUCGAAUUCCAUGCUAUCUACUUGUUUCAGCUUUUACAAAAGAGGAAGAAGAAAUAUUCAAUACAUGUAAAGACAAAAAAGAAGUUCAUUUUUAUAAAAAAAAAAAAAAACAAUUAAUGAAUUUACAUAAAUCAUCUAGGGAUAGAAUCUAUAGAUACUACAUAAAUAACAUGAUUUCAGAGAAUGAUGAUCAAUUCUUGUUGUUUAAUAUUGUAGAUCAAAAAGAAAAGGUCUACUGUAACACGUCCUAUGAUGAGAUCGUGCUACCAACUUGCUUCGUUUCAACGCUUUCACAUUGUGAAGCAGCACUUGGUUAUUCUGAACAUUGGCAAGAAAUAAAAAAUGCCCACAGCUUCUGGAACUUCAACAAUUUCAACAGGGAUAAGGUUAUUUUCUAUCUAGACCGAAAAAAUACUGUAUACGACAAGUACCAAAACUUGAUAUAUCCAGUAUCAGAGGAUUACAUAUCCCCACCGCAGAUUUACUACUAUUUGACAAACCCGAUAAACGAAAAGAACACAUUUAACAACUGCAUCUCAAUGGCAUUAGAUGAAAUUAUUCAAGAAAUGAACAGAAAAAAAGAUCUAGAUGAGUUUGAUGAAAUGAAAAAGAUUACGUUAUUAAAUAUUAAGGAAAAAACGUGCAAAAAAUAUUUUUCCUCCAUACGGAAGAUAGAAAAAAUUUUGUCUGAAUUUUUAAAGGAAAAUAAGAAUAAAUCCUUUGAGCGCUUUUUAAAGGGGUGUGAGAGCUAUGGGCAAGUCAUCACAAAAUGUAAAGAAAAGUUGUUCAUGGCAUUUAACAGAACGUACAAUUUACAUUUUAAACAAUUUGAGGAUUUCUGGCUUGAUGAAGAAAAGAAAAGAAAGGAAAAAUGGAAAAUUUUAUGGAGUUUACACGAAAUGAGAGAGAACGGAGAGGAAAAGAAUACAAAUGAUAACACUGAAAAUGUAGGGGGCAGUGAUAUUACAGUUAGUAAUGCAGUUAGUAAUGCAGUUGGUAAUGCAGUUAGUAAUGCAGUUAGUAAUGCAGUUGGUAAUGCAGUUGGUAAUGCAGUUGGUAAUGCAGUUGGUAAUGCAGUUGGUAAUGCAGUUGGUAAUACUGUCACAAGCUGUAAUAAUUAUAAUGCUAAUCUUUCCCAGAUUAAUUGUCUAUUUAACAGAACAGUUAGCGAUAAAAGUGAGUUGAAUUAUAAGUGCCAUGAAAAUAAUAGCUUUUCAAACAGUGAUAGUAACAGUUUAAGUAAUAGCCUUAACAACAUUGAUAAAAUGAAGAACGAAUUUAAUUUACUGGAGAAGAAAAACUUCCGCAUUCGACUUUCAUCUCAACUAUUUGACGAAAAAGAAUUAGAUCAUUUAUUUCCGGAAAGGAAAAAAAUAUGUUUAUCAAAUGGGGAUAAUCAAGAGGUGGAGAAGCAGCAGCAGACGGGGCUAGAGGAUAAGAAAACCUGCUUAUAUAUCGAACGGAAAGAUACUCAGGAGGAUGCAGAAGCCGAAAGGGAGCAGGGACCAUGUCAAGUUCAGACUCUCUCUCCUAAGUGA